UCUUCAGUGACAUUUGCAUGACAGCCUAAACACAGUAGAAAAGAAACAAGAAAAACAUAGAAAAGCGUAAAAAGUGUGUUUUCAAUCGUUUAUUCGACAGCAGGUUUGCGUUUUACGUUGUGGGUUGUUACGAAAAAGGGAAAAUAGCAACUGAAUCGACCACUCGUCAAGAUGGGGAAGCGUCCCAUGUCACGGAAGGAAAUUGAAGAGCAAAAGAAGCGCGAGGACGAAGCGGCAGCAGCCCACGCUUUCAAAGAAUUUGUGGAAACAUUUCAAGAAGCACCAUCCAAAAUAUCGAAGGUAUGGGUAAAGGCCGGGACGUACGAUGCGGGCUCGAGAAAAGAGGACACCAAAGACAGGGGCAAACUGUACAAGCCCCAGUCCCGUCUCGAUAUGGAGCACGAGAAGUCGAUGGAUUACGUGAAGAUGGUUGCAAGCGAAAGCCGCAAAGAUUCGGGCGCGAUGGGCAAAAAGCGAAAUCAGGAGAAGAAAAAGAGCAAUCUGGAAAUGUUUAAAGAGGAACUGCGCCAGAUACAGGAAGAGCGUGAGGAGCGGCACAAGUACAAGCAUAUGGCUCGAACGAUGCUGCCCGGUACUAGUUCCACCGAAUCGGAUCCCGUGUACAAGGAGACGGAAUCCGGCUCGUUCGAUAAUGGCGAUCCGAACACAACUAAUUUGUAUCUGGGAAAUCUAAACCCAAAGAUCUCAGAGCAAGCGCUAAUGGAGCUGUUUGGCAAGUAUGGACCACUGGCAAGUAUUAAAAUUAUGUGGCCCCGUUCGGAGGAGGAAAAGAUGCGCAAUCGUAACUGUGGCUUCGUUGCGUACAUGAGCCGGCGUGAUGCGGAACGUGCGCUGCGGGCAUUGAACGGGCGUGAUGUGAUGGGGUACGAGAUGAAGCUUGGUUGGGGCAAAUCGGUCCCCAUCAUGACACACCCGAUCUACAUACCGCCGAAACUGUUGGCCUACACACUACCACCGCCACCGUCCGGUUUACCCUUCAACGCACAGCCCCAUCCGUCGGAUUUGGAAAACAUUCCCAAGAUGACAUCGGGCGCUUACAUGGCGGAACCGGAGCUGAAGGAACAGAUGGACUCGGUACUGGUGAAGUCGGUGGUGAAGGUGGUCAUACCGACUGAACGGCCGCUGCUGAUGCUUAUCCAUCGGAUGGUAGAGUUUGUCAUACGCGAAGGCCCGAUGUUCGAAGCGUUAAUUAUGACGAAGGAGAUGGACAAUCCGAUGUACAAAUUUUUGUUCGAAAAUGAAAGUCCCGCACACAUUUACUAUCGCUGGAAGUUGUUCUCGCUGCUGCAAGGGGACACACCGGGCGACUGGAGAACGAAGGAGUUUCGUAUGUUUAAGGGUGGAUCUAUAUGGAAGCCGCCGCCGAUUAAUUUCUACACGCAAGGUAUGCCGGACGAGCUGCUUGCCGAUGAGGAAGGAAUUGAAGCGAACAAAGGGAAUCUGUCCGUGGCCCAACGGGACCGGUUGGAAGAUCUUAUCCGACAUCUUACACCGGAACGGCAGAAGAUUGGCGAUGCGAUGAUAUUCUGCAUCGAGCAUGCGGACGCGGCAGAGGAAAUAUGCGAAUGCAUCACGGAAUCGUUGUCAUCGAACGAAACGGUGGUAAAGAAAAAGGUUGCCCGCAUCUAUCUGAUCUCGGACAUACUGCACAACUCGGCCGUGAAGGUCCAGAAUGCAAGCUUUUUCCGCAAGGCGAUGGAGAAAAAUUUGCUCGACAUUUUCCGCAACCUGAACGCGUACUACAUGCAGCUGGACAGUCGCCUCAAGGCGGAAGGUUUCAAGAGCCGCGUGAUGGGCGUGUUUCGUGCAUGGGAAGAGUGGACGAUCUAUCCGCGCGAGUUUCUCGUCAAGCUGCAGCACACCUUUUUGGGCAUUCAAAUGAUGGAAAAACAACCGGAAGAGGAACCGGAAGAGGAGAAAGAGGAUGAAGAUUUGGAUGGUGUGCCGCUGGAUGGGGCCGCACUGCUUAAAAGUGCAAUGAUGUGUGGUAUGACGAGUGGAGGAGGUGGUGGUGGUGGUGGUGGUGGAACUGGAGGUGGAGGAGAGAAUCGGACGCCAUUGCUGAAGCAUGAUAUCUACAGCGAUGAGGACGAUAUUGAUGGAAUGCCGUUGGCAGACGAUGAUAUAGACGGGAUGCCGUUGGAUAGUGCAAUGGAAGCGGGUGUAAUGGAUGGUGGUCGAAGGGGUGGUACAUCUAUUUCCGGUAGCGAAGGAUCGGGUCGGCCAGGGAAAGGGAAAUCUGCCGGCGGUGGUUCAUUUAUUCCCUCGAAAUGGGAAUCGGUCGAUGCGGCACAGAUUGAAGCGCAAGCGAUUACUACCAGCAAAUGGGAUACGUUGGAUCCGGUCGUACCGGAACCGCCGAAGAUCAGUCUGCAAAAGGAAGGUGGUGCGGGACUGAUCAGCAGUAAGUACGGCAGCUACAGUGAUGAUGACGACGAGGAUGAGGAUGAUGACGAUGACGAUGCAGCACUGCGUCAGGAAGGGGAAGGAGGACGCACGGCACCGGAUCAGGAUGAAUUGCGACGGGUACGGUUGCGUGAAAUCGAGGUCAAGAUGGUACAGUAUACGGAUGAGUUUGAGUCCGGUACGAAACAGGUGCGCACUGGUUGGACACUGCACGAAGAGAUCGAUAGUUACCGGAUGAAGUUGAUGAAGGAGAUGGCACAGGAACUGCGGGCGCGCGGACGCGAAGAAAACACCUGGGUCGGUUCGGACGAUGAGAGUCGUUCGCGAAGAGGUCAGAAACGUACCGGCAGUGUGGAAAGCAGCUCCAGGAAACACAAACGCAGCCGUCAGUCGGCUCGUUCACCGGCCAGCAGUGGAUAUGGCGAUCGUAAGCGGGAUUCUGCUUCGCCCGAGUCUAAAUCUUCCCGGCGCAGACAUUCCACCAGUACGUCGGAUGAGGAUGAACACACGACCAGAACGGGUGACGCUCGCUAUCGUUACUCGUCCGAGCGCUCGGUUUCACCCGGUCCGGCUGCAUCCAGUUCGUCGCGCACUAGCAAAUAUGAUCUGCUCGGUUCACCGGCCCGUCACGGUGGUUCGGCAAGUGAAUCCAACUACGAUAAGUAUGAGCGGCGUGAUGCAAGGGACGGUCGGGAAAAUCGAUCGCUACGGGACAAAAAGGAUACAACGCGCGAACGGAUGCAGCUAUCGCACGAACGCGAACAUCAUCGGGAACAUCGUGAUCGGCCACGUGAAACUGAUUCACGCAGUUCACACGGACGUGAGCGCGAUCGGGAGCGGGAACGUGAUCGAAGUGCGAGAGAUCAGCAACAGCGUGAUCGGGAGCGUGAGUACGAGCGCGAUCGGGAAGUAGACGGUGAUGCUGGUGGAUCAUCCUCACGCUAUCGGGAACGGGAACGUGCGAAAGAAGGAUACAGUAGUAGUAGCGGUGGAAGUAGGAAGGAUUCUUCCACCAGCUCAAAGUAUGACGAUAGGGCACACGGCAAGCGGUAUAGGUAAAGCUUAAAAGGGGAAUAUCUCGAACUAUGUAACACUGUCUAUCUGCUGCACAUUAAGUAGUAAUAACACAUUUUAUCUACCGAAAGUCACACACACUCGUAAGAUUUAAGCGAAAGGAAGAGGUAAGGCUUGCAGUAACUUUUCUCGCGUAAAGUAACAAAUAAAGAUUUUCCUAAUCUUGAUUGAAUAA